CCCACACAAGAGAGAGAAGAAAGGGAGUUGGGAGAAGAAGCGGUCAGUCUGCUGCUUGCCUGUCAGUCGUCGCCGUCGCCGUCGCCGGCAAGUUAAUCCAUCUCUGCUCUGCUCUCCGAUGAGAUGAAGCGCCUCCUCCACAAGGCUCUUCAUCAGGGAGAGGGAGGAACUCAUGUAGAUGUGGCACAGAUGGACGCGCAGAUCGCCCUUCACUACGGCAUCCCGUACACCGCAUCGCUCCUCGCCUUUGACCCCGUCCAGCGCCUCCUCGCCCUCGCCACACUGGACGGUAGGAUUAAAAUCUUUGGAGGCGAUAACAUCGAGGGCCUCCUUAUAUCACCCAACAGUCUCCCAUACAAGUUUUUGCAGUUUAUACAGAACCAGGGGUUUCUGAUUGCCAUCUCUAAUGAGAAUGAAAUCCAGGUAUGGAAUCUUGAGUUCAGACAACUAUUUUAUUCUUCGAAGUGGGACAUCAAUAUAACUGCUUUUGCAGUUGUAGAGGGGACAUUUCUGAUGUACCUUGGAGAUGAGAAUGGCCUGCUUUCGGUACUGAAGUAUGACGUUGAUGAUGGGAAACUUCAAAAGAUGCCCUACAAUGUUCCGAUACAUUCCUUAGCUGCAGCUUGCGUUUCCUUAGAGGAUCCUCAAUCUAUUGUUGGAAUACUGCCGCAGCCUGAUACCUUUGGGACCAGGGUGCUGAUUGCAUAUGAGAAAGGACUAUUAGUUCUUUGGGAUGUAUCAGAGGAUCGUGCUAUUUCGGUUAGAGGCUAUGGUGAUUUGCACAUGAAGAAUCAAAUCACAGGUGCACAGAGGGAUGCUGGUGAAGAUGAAGACAAUAAUAUCAGCGCAGAAGAAGAGAGAGAAAUUUGCUCCCUUUGUUGGGCAUCGCAAGGAGGUUCAACUGUUGCUGUUGGUUAUAUAACUGGAGACAUUCUUCUGUGGGAUAUGACUGCAAGAUCCUCUAAACAAGACAAUAGAAGUGAUGAACCAUCUAAUGUUGUUAAACUUCAGCUGGCUUCUGGUAGUCGUAGGCUUCCUGUUAUUGUAUUACACUGGUCUUCUCGUUCUGCUGAUUCUAACAAAGGAGGGCAUCUCUUUGUAUAUGGUGGUGAUGAUAUGGGUUCCGAGGAAGUUCUGACGGUUCUAAGCCUGGAAUCAACUACUGGAUUAGAGUCAACAAGAUGUAUGUCACGAAUGGAUCUCAGACUUGAUGGGUCCUUUGCUGAUAUGAUUUUAAUUUCAGAUAGCGGGUUUCCGUAUAAAAGCCGAACAUCUGCAGUUUUCAUUUUGACAAAUCCUGGGCAAUUGAAUUUUUAUGAUGGUGGUGCUCUAUUUUCUGUUCCAAAAUCAGAAGAGGGAAAAGCUCAGAUUGAAGCACAAAAAUUUCCAGUCACAGUUCCAACAACUGAUCCCAACAUAACAGUCACUAAUCUUUAUUCACUAAAUGGAAGGGAAUCUCAAAGUAUUCCACUUAAGAAAUUUGUUGUUAAGCAAAAUGCCGCACCUUUCAUGCAACGGAACAUGAAAUGGCGUUUGACUGGUGGAGUUCCUAGUGAAAUGUCAAUGAACGAGAAUUACACCGUGGAAAGAAUAUACAUUGCAGGGUAUCAAGAUAGUUCUGUGAGAAUAUGGGAUGCAACCUUUCCAGUUCUGACGCCAAUGUUUGUCUUGGAUGGAAAGGUGGUUGGUGUAAAUAUGGAUGGAGAAAAUUCCGCUGUAUCAUCACUUGCUUUUUGCUCAUUAAACAUGACAUUGGCUGUUGGCACAACAAGUGGUCUGGUUCGCAUCUAUAAGCUUCGUGAACACACUGGAGGUUCAAGCUUUCAUUUUGUGAGUGAAUCUAAGCAGGAAGUUCAUGUUGUUCAACAUGGGAGAGGAUUUCAUUGUCAUGUUGCCUUUCUGGCCUCAAAUUCCCCUGUGAGGUCUCUCAGAUUUACAGCUUCGGGGGAGGUCCUUGCAGUGGGAUAUCAAAACGGUCAGCUGGCAAGUUUUGAUGCCAAUCAACUUUCAAUUAUGUUCACUGUGGACUGUGCAUCAGGAACAAAUUCUCCUGUUGUUUCAUUGAGCAAUUACAAUGUGGUUACAUCUGCCGCAAAGGCAAACGAGCAACAAAAGGAGAGUCUUCAAAGUGCAAAGUCCCCUGCAAAUGUUCUACUUUCCUUGACUAAGGAUGGACAUUUUACUGUACAUGACAGCAUGAAUGGUCUGACAAUAAAUUCAUGUGUGUUAGAUCAGAAGCAGCUAUCUGCAAUUUCCAUGUAUGUCAUAGAUGGAACGUCAGAGGAGGAACAGAACCAAUUAUCAGAAGACAAAUUCCCAAGUCAAGGUCAUAUUGCAAAAGAGGAAAGUGUUCUGGACAAAAAACAAACACACACAGUUGAUAAGAGCCAGAAAAAUACUCGGCAACCUUCGCACAGUGGUGGUUCAGAUUCAUUUCUUUUGGUUUGCUGUGAGGACCUGGUUCUUUUAUUUUCUCUGCCAUCGCUGAUUCAGGGAAGUAACAAGCCUCUACAUAGGAUCAAACUUGCGAAGCACUGCUGCUGGUCAGCAGUUCUCACAAAUAUAGAUGGUAAAGCUUGUGGAUUUAUAUUAGUUUAUCAAACGGGCGCAAUAGAACUGAGAUCUCUGCCAGAGCUGGCUAUUCUUGCUGAAAGCUCCUUAAUGUCGUUAUCAAGGUGGAGUUACAAGGCAGGCAUGGAGAAAUCUAUGAGCUCCGCAAAUGGACAGAUUGCUCUGGUAAACGGGUCUGAACUUGCAAUCAUCUCUCUUAUAGCCUCAGAGAAUGCCUUCAGGCUUCCAGAGUCAAUGCCAUGCCUUCAUGACAAAGUACUUGCAGCAGCUGCUGAAGCAGCUAUUAAUGCCUCAAUGGACCAGAAAAGAAACCAGACUCCAGCAGGAGGAAUUCUUGGUGGCAUCAUUAAAGGAUUGAAAGGCAAAGAAGAAAAUGCAAAACAGAAAGGAAGUUUAAGUGCACAAACCAUGAGCGAACAGUUGGAAUCGAUUUUCUUGAAAGAAUCACUUGUUGAACCAUCAAUACCCGAUCCUGACGACCCCAUAGAAGAACUGUCAAUAGACGACAUAGAUAUCGAUGAUGAAAUUCCACUAGCACCCCCACCAGCAUCAUCUACAUCUCAUGUGAAUAAAAAAACAACAGCUGAGGAGGAGAGAGCAAAGCUAUUUGAAGGAUCAAGCAAUGUUGAAAUGCCAAGAAUGAGAACUCACCAAGAAAUUCUCACCAAAUAUAAGUUUGGCGGGGAUGCGGCGGCGGCGGCUGCUCAUGCAAAAGAUAAGCUCAUGCAGCGACAGGAGAAACUAGAGAGAAUAAGCCAACGAACCGCGGAGCUUGAGAGUGGAGCAGAGAAUUUUGCUUCCCUGGCCCAGGAGCUUGCGAAAUCAAUGGAGAACAAGAAAUGGUGGAAGCUAUAAUUAACGUUGUUGUGUUUGUAUAUGCUGCGUCCUACACAAAUCAAGUAGGUCCAAUCCAGGCAUGACAUUUACAUGUACUGAUUGCUGAUUGCCAUUGAUUCAUAUUCAUUGUGUGCCAUCUGGUGGUGUUGUGUAUAAUAUUAGUAGGAGGGGAGCCUUGGGGAAAUAUGUAGCGCAAACUUUAUAUGUAAGACAAACUGUCUGAUUAUGAAGUGAAUGUGAGAGAUUUGUCCAUGUCAUCACGAGUAAAAGUUUUAUUUGUGGUGAUGUGGAUAAAUCUUAUACGUCAAUUUGUUUUAUCA